CCCAAUACCCUGACAUAGUGAGUGAGCUUUGGCUAAGCUAUUUCAACACGAUGGCUGUGGAAUCCAGAGCAAUUUCUACUCUGGUACCUCGGAGUCACCAGGAACUAUUAUUAGUAAAAGUGGAAGAAAGUCUUUCCUGGGCUCAGAAAUCUAGAAAGAAUGGGAAUAACCAAUCCUGUCAAGAAUUAUUUCGUCAGCAGUUCAGAAAGUUUUGCUACCAGGAGACACCAGGGCCCCGAGAGGCUCUGGGCCGACUCCAAGAGCUUUGCUAUCAGUGGCUCAUGCCUGAGGUACACAGCAAGGAGCAGAUCCUGGAGCUACUGGUGCUGGAGCAGUUCUUGAGCAUUCUCCCAGAGGAGCUGCAGAUCUGGAUUCAGCAACAUAGCCCACAGAAUGGCGAGGAAGCUGUGACACUUCUGGAAGAUUUGGAGAGGGAAUUCGAUGAUCCAGGGCAGCAGGUCCCAGUUAGUCCGCAGGGACCAGCAGUGCCAUGGAAGGAUUUGACAUAUCUUGGAACCUCCCAAGAGUUAACAAAUAUCCAACUUCAGCCUUUAAAGACAAACCUGAAACCCCGGAAACUUUGCCUUUCCCCCCAAAGUGAUUCUGAGAACACUGAAUCAGCAGCAAAGGACUUGCCAAGAGAAAAGUCACAAGGACUUUCUCAAGAGCCUUCAUUUGGAGGAAUUAGUGAUCACGAAAGCAGUUUGGACUGGCAGCAAGGAAGUGCUACAGGGGAAGAAGUCACACAGCCUUCUCAAGGAGGCAGUUUCAGUCAAGUCAUCUUCACACACAGAUCUCUUGGGCAGAGUGGGCAGCAUGAUGGUCCUCAGAGGAGCUUGAUACUAAGUGCAAACGCUUCAGUGUAUCAGAAAGUUCCGGCUGAUGAGCGACCUUAUAGGUGUGAAGUAUGUGGACAUGGCUUCAAACAGCACUCUUCUCUAAUGCAGCAUCAGCGGAUACAUACCGGAGAAAAGCCCUAUAAGUGUAACCAGUGUGGAAAGGCCUUCAGUCUGAGGUCCUAUCUUAUUAUUCAUCAGAGAAUUCACAGUGGUGAGAAAGCAUACGAGUGUAGUGAAUGCGGAAAAGCCUUCAGUCAGAGCUCAGCCCUCAUUAGACAUCGGAAAAUUCAUACCGGCGAGAAAGCUUGUAAGUGUAAUGAAUGUGGCAAAGCAUUCAGUCAAAGUUCUUAUCUCAUUAUACAUCAAAGAAUUCACACUGGCGAAAAACCCUAUGAGUGUAAUGAGUGUGGCAAAACCUUUAGCCAGAGCUCAAAGCUUAUUAGACAUCAGCGAAUUCAUACAGGAGAGAGACCUUAUGAGUGUAAUGAAUGCGGAAAAGCUUUCAGACAGAGCUCAGAGCUGAUUACCCAUCAGAGAAUACACAGUGGAGAAAAACCCUAUGAAUGUAAUGAGUGUGGAAAAGCCUUCAGUUUGAGCUCAAAUCUCAUCAGACACCAGAGAAUUCACAGUGGAGAGGAACCUUAUCAGUGUAAUGAAUGUGGCAAAACCUUCAAAAGGAACUCAGCCCUUGUUCAGCAUCAAAGAAUCCAUUCUGGGGAUGAAGCUUACGUAUGUAGUGAAUGUGGGAAGGCUUUCAGGCACAAGUCAGUGCUGAUACGCCAUCAGAGAGUACACGCUGUAAAGUAACUGGUGAAUGCAGAAUAUUCUAAGUACUUCAGCUAUUUUUAUCUAUUUAGUCCAAGGGUCUGCUUUAGAGUAAGAUUCUAUAACAAUUUAAGCUAGUUUUUGAGUCCGUUUAACUAUAUGCAGUACUUCCCAAUUCUAAGGCAGAUUAUCCCUUAAAAGCUUCUAUGAAUAAGCAGAAUAGCAAGUGAAAGAAACAUUGCCCCAUCUACGAAACAACCAUGGUUGUCUAUAACAUCACCUGGAAGCAAUCCUCUACCAGGGAAAACCCUACUGCUGCCCUGGCAUCUACCUACUCCAAAGAGAUUCCCUUAACACCAGACCCAGAAGACUUGACAACAGUGGCAGCCUUCUUUCAGGGGAGGGCUCUCCGCAUUGCCCUUUAAUUGUGAGGUGAAACUGGAGGACGCUCCACAUCAUUCUGACUUCAAUGUAGAAUAUGCAGAGUCCAGGAUCUUUGACUACAGAGGCCUGACACCAACAACAGCGACUGUACGAAAAAAAAGUUUAUCGGUAACGCAUACAAUGACUUGGGUUGGACAACCUAGUGUGCCUGGAGUCCAGAGUCGGUCUUAUACCAGGGGGGCUUUGGGGUGGGGUUUCCUUGUAUUUGGGCCAAGGCUUUUUUUUCCAUGUCCCCCAUGUUUUGCUGGACCUAUGCAGACAACAGUUGCCACUCUAACACCAUUUUUACUGUAUUUCUUUAACCCUUAUCCUUAAAAAA